CAGAAGAAUAUUGUAGUUGAAAAUGGUGUAAAGAUGGACAAAGAUGGUCUCACUGAUCUCUAUAUUCAACAUGCUAUUCCCCUGCCUCAGCGUGACUUACCAAAAAGUAGAUGGGGGAAAAUGAUGGAAAAGAAAAGACAGCAAAAUGAGUCAAAAAGUGAGAAUAAAAGUGUUACAAUGGUGGAAGGUUUAAGGAAACGGCCAUUAAUUGUAUUUGAUGGCAAUUCAACAAGUACAAGCAUAAAGGUGAAGAAGACAGAGAACGGAGCUGCUGAUCGCCUAAAACCUCCUCCAGCUGGAAGCACAACCAACACUGUUAGAAGAUUAUCUGUUCCUUCAAAUGCCUCAACAUACAUUUCAGCCUCCAGUUUAUCAGAGGACGCUAAGCUGGGAAUGAGGAAUAAUGAGGCUAAGCAGAACAAUAUUUCAAAGACUAACAGCAGCAUGUUGGCUAGUCUGAAGGUGUACCCGUUGUCACCAGUAGCAGGAACUACUGUUGUGAAAUUAAAGAGAGCUGUUCCAAAAGAAGAAUCUGAUUUGCCGAAUGACCUAAAGCCUACGGAAGCAAAGAAGAAAAUCCAGCAUGUUACAUGGCCAUGAAGUAGCUAAUGGUGCUUGAAACAUAAAUGUUACUUCCAUAUUUUCAAACAGAUAAGUCAUAUUUAAACAGUUUAGGUAAAAUUCUUUUUAAACCUUACUGGGAUUCAGAUUGCUGUGAAGUUUUAACAAAUUUAGAAGUUCCCUGUUGUAAAGCUGGAAUCAUUAUCACCAGUCAUCUUUAAGAGUGUCUACUCUUGUAAACCAAGUAGUUCAUUACUUCUUUAAAAGGUGGUAAUAUUACAAUAUACUAAACUCCCCACUUCUAGUUUUCAAGAUUAUUAUAGUUCAUCUCCCGCAUGUCGCUACGAUUCACACAUAUAAAUAUUUUUGUUUGUUUGUUUCAGUAAGAUUCAGUUUUGUUCCACUUCUGAUGGAAUAGUUAAAAUAGCUGUUGAGAUUCAGAGUGAUCCCAAGAG